AAUGUGAUCGUUUUGCGGGGGCGCUGCAAACUUCAAAUUUCAAAGGCGCUGACACUGAUGCGCGGACGACGGCGUCCUUGCUCGUUCGCUCGGACAGUGCAGGGCCUGCAGGCUGCACAGUGUUAUGAACCGAGUGCUAAUUAUUCGCGAAUAAGUAACGUACAACGUGCAUGCCCUCAUUUCUGCUUCUUCAGCUCGGAUCCGAGCAACGGUCCUUCCUUCUCAGCUUAUCUGUAGCUCCACCCCAAUAUCUCUCUUCACUCUCUGUUGGUCAUGGCAGUUGGCGAACUCUCCUUGACGGCACGGUACGCUCGUCAGCUCAUUCGCGAGAGUAUAUCUCGCCAGCUCUGUGAGUCCUGCGAUUCAGAGCUACCCAUUCAUCCCCCAGGCCUAGGUGGUACCUGUUCGAACGAUACCUUGUUCAGCACCAAUCGUCCUUCUGAAGAAGGAGCUCAUCUAGAUGUCAAAUUCUGUAUUAUUGGUGCUGGAGUAGCUGGGCUGUAUAUCGCCAUGAUUCUGAAAGAACUUGGUAUACCGUUUGAUCUCGUGGAAGCCGCAGACCGCGCUGGGGGGCGCUUGUAUACUCAUAGAUUCAGCGAGGCUCCUCAUGACUACUAUGAUGUAGGGGCCAUGCGUUGGCCCGAAACUCCAACGAUGAAAAAAGCACUUGCUCUAUUCGAAGAUUUGAAUGUUCCCUUAAUUCCUUACUGCAUGAAUGGUAAGAAUACUCCAAUGAUGUUCAACAACAUUUUGGGUCCGCCUAUGGACAUUUCGGAGUACGACCCAUACAAGUUCAGCAUCACGAAUGGCGGCAUGGUCCCAGACAAGUAUGUGGCUAUUGGAGUACAGAAAAUCCUUCAGCAGGCGUCAGCACCCUACAUGCAGCUUUUGAGGGAAGACUUCGAGCAAGGUUUCAAAAAACUUAUGGAGGUAGACGACUACUCUAUCAGGGAAUACCUGCGCGUGUACAUGCAACUUGAUUAUCAUACCAGUAAAUGGCUGGAGACAAAUAUUGCGCCCAGCGACUUUUUUGACCAAGCUUUUACCGAGUAUGUCAUUCUGGGCUCGGAAUUCAACGAUCAGAAGGACUAUGGAUGGAAGUGCAUAGACGGCGGCUCGUCAGUUGCAAUUUCUGCAAUGCUGAACAGAAUUGCUCCCCAUAAACCCGAGUAUUGCACCACGGCCACUCGCAUCGCUUUGAAUCGUGUUCAUGCCAAGGUGGAAGUCAAGCUCGUUACUCUAUCGGGUCAGUCGUCCGUCCGUCAGUAUGAUUCGGUUUUCAACACCACUUCCUUGGGUUGCUCACAACACAUGGACCUCGUUGACGCCGAGCUGCACCCUGCACAAAGAGAUGCCCUGCGUUGUUUGCGAUAUGAUACAUCCUGCAAGGUCGCGAUAAAGUUCAAGACGCCAUGGUGGAUCACGCGAUGCGGCAUAACAGAGGGCGGUACAUCGUUCGGUGAUAUUCCUAUCCGCACGUGUUGCUAUCCGUCCUACAGCAUCCACGAUGACCCGAAGAAGCCAGCCGUGCUCAUCGCCUCAUAUACAGUGGGUCAGGAUGCCCAACGUAUAGGUACCCUGAUUAACCAGGACUCGCCUUCUGGGGAGUCGGGGCUCAAGGAAGUCGUUUUGCGAGACCUUGCACGUCUGCACGCCAGAUCUGGGAUUACUUAUGACUUUUUGGUAACGGAGUACAUCACACAUCAUGCAUAUGACUGGAGAAAUAAUCCACUCUCUGGUGGGGCAUUUGCAAUAUUUGCUCCAGGGCAGUUCAGUCACCUGUACCCGUACCUCGUGCGUCCUGCUGCUGACGGCAAAUUGCACUUUGCGGGGGAGGCCUCGAGUGCGCAUCAUGCAUGGGUUGUAGGUGCACUUGAGUCGGCGCAACGAGCCGUCAUACUCUCGUUGCUGAGAUUCGGACGGUGGGACUUGGCGAAGAAGGUGGAAGAACGCUGGGGACCUUCGUCUGAGCUAGAUUGGGAAGGACAGGAAACUGUAUAUGUGCAGGCGAUGCUUGGUUGCUUGGAACCAAAGUGUGUAGCCACGACGGAAAUCCCCGAGGGCCGCGGCGAUCCAGAUGAGCAUCACGAUGUCAAGGAUGAAAAGUCUAGUGCUUCCGCCACUAAUAGGCCUGACAAUGACCUUAAGUUAUCUGCACGAUCAGGAGGAUGUUGCAUAGUAUGAUAGCUCGUGUUAGAAUAUUCGCCUGAUGCUCGAGGAAUUGAUAUAGAUGUAAUCACCAUUAUCUUUAUGAUUGCGGAAAGAUUAUUGCAGGUUCUCCCG